GCACUUUCCGCCUGUGACAGUUCAUUCCGAAGUAGUGGGGGUUGAUGAGCAUGAUUUGUACCCUCUCCCCUUUCCGACGAGUAACACACUUGUCCAGCAGACUCUGAGAACGAUUUUUAGGCAGUGGUGGGUAGUGAUCAGUACAGUAGUGGUAGCGAGACUAGCGAGACUAACGAGUGGUAGCAGUUGACUAGCAGGUAUUGAUACCGACCCGGCAUGGGUGAUUCCUUGGACGGCUCCGGGGAACCAUCCCCGGAGUCGCAAAACGUCGCGAUCGUCGAAUUCCCGACGUUCGCCAGCUACCUGCGCAAGGCCGUUACCGUGUUAUUACCGGAUGAGGAUGCGGUGCCGCCCGUGUUCAACCUCGCGCUCGAGGACCGCUACAAUCAGGAGUGCAUCCGCAAGUUUCUCAGCGACUCGCAGGUCAGCUCGCUCUAUGUACAGAGGAGCUCGAAUAAAGAAGAAGACAGCGGAGAAGGCGAUGAAGACAAGGAGAAUGCUACUUAUUAUAUAUCAAACGAAAUACACUUUACAAACCCGAAAAUGGCCUCCCUAGUUUUAACAAAACGUGGAAUUGUCGUCGAGGCUGAUAAAUCUAUUCACUCGCAAGUACGUCUAAUCACCUUCUCCGAUGGGCCACCGUACGAGACUCUGCAUGCAAUAAGCAAGACCAUGGCACCCUAUUUCAAGAGUUAUGUUAAGGAGACUGGUCGCGCCCAUAGAGACGGGGAUAAGAUGGUACCAUUGGUAGAGAAAAAGAUCGCGGAGCUCGAGAUGGGACUGCUGCAUUUACAGCAGAACAUCGAUAUUCCCGAGAUCUCAUUACCCGUUCAUCCGAUCGUUGCGCAGGUCAUCAAACAAUGCGAGGAGGAGGGUCGCAAGCCGAAGGUCGCUGAUUUCGGCGACAAAGUCGAGGACUCGACGUUCUUGAAUCAAUUACAGAAUGGCGUCAACAGGUGGAUAAAGGAGAUCCAGAAGGUGACAAAACUGAACCGCGAUCCGGAAUCGGGCACGGCCCUCCAGGAGAUAUCGUUCUGGCUGAAUCUCGAGCGGGCGUUGCACCGUAUUCAGGAGAAGCGGGAGAGCAUCGAGAUUUCGCUGACGCUCGAUAUACUCAAGCACGGUAAGCGAUUCCACGCUACCGUCAGCUUCGACACCGACACUGGCCUGAAACAGGCGCUGGCCACCGUUAACGAUUAUAAUCCACUGAUGAAGGAUUUCCCGAUCAACGAUUUGCUGUCAGCCACGGAAUUGGAACGAAUACGUAGCAGCGUGCAGCAAAUAUUCAUGCACUUGAGAAAAAUCAGGAGUACGAAGUAUCCCAUUCAGAGAGUGUUGAGAUUGGUGGAGGCUAUCUCGAGGGAUCUGGGGCAACAAUUGCUCAAGGUGCUGGGCACGCGGCGUCUGAUGCACAUCCCGUUCGAUGAUUUUGAGAAGGUCAUGGCUCAGUGCUUCGAAGUGUUUACCACCUGGGACGACGAGUACGAUAAGCUCACGGGCUUGUUAAGAGACGUUGUGAAGAAGAAGCGUGACGAGCAUAUGAAGAUGGUGUGGCGAGUGCUGCCGGCACAUAAGAAGCUACAGUCAAGAAUGGAGCACAUGCGCCGUUUCCGACGGCAGCACGAGCAGCUGAGGACGGUGAUAGUCCGCGUGCUCAGACCUACUGUACGCCAGAACAGUAACAAUUCCACGAUAGAGAAUGCCGAUAACGAUAAUGUAAAGGUGGAAUUUGCGCUGGACGCCGCCGAUGCGAAUGCUAUCAGCGAAGUUAACCUGGCAUAUGAAAAUGUAAAAGAGGUGGAUUGUCUAGACAUCACUAAAGAGGGACAGGAAUCCUGGGAUGCCGCUGUGCACAGAUACGAAGAGCGCAUUGAGCGCGUAGAGGCACGGAUCACGGCCCAUCUUCGCGAUCAAUUGGGUACGGCGAAGAACGCGAAUGAAAUGUUUAGAAUAUUUUCGCGAUUUAACGCGCUCUUUGUGCGACCACAUAUUCGUGGCGCUAUCAGGGAAUAUCAAACGCAACUUAUACAGAGAGUCAAAGAUGACAUCGAGGCAUUGCACGAAAAAUUCAAGGUUCAAUAUGCACAAAGUAAAUGCUGUAGAAUGAGUAUGGUGAGAGACUUACCACCUGUAGCUGGUUCGAUAAUAUGGGUCAAACAAAUCGAUUAUCAAUUGACAAUGUAUUUAAAACGUGUUGAGGAUGUUUUAGGCAAGGGAUGGGAAAGUCAUAUUGAAGGUCAAAAACUGAAAGCCGACGGAGACAGUUUCCGUAUGAAACUGUCGACGCAAGAAAUCUUUGAUGAUUGGGCGCGUAAGGUGCAGGCACGAAAUCUCGGUGUGACUGGACGUAUCUUUACGAUCGAAAGUGUGCGUUCGAGAACAGGGCGCGGCAAUGUGCUGAAACUGAAAGUGAAUUUUCUUCCCGAGAUCAUUACACUAUCUAAAGAAGUGAGGAAUUUGAGGAACCUUGGAUUUCGCGUGCCUUUACCUAUUGUGAAUAAGGCUCAUCAGGCUAAUCAGCUAUAUCCUUUUGCCAUCAGUCUUAUUGAAAGCAUCAGGACUUAUGAAAGAACAUUGGAAAAGCUUACCAAUCGGAGUCCCCAUUGUCCCGCAUUAAAGAUUGAGGAUAAAGCUAGCAUCAUACCUUUGGUCGCUGGUAUGCGUAAAGAUGUCUUAACAUUGAUCUCCGAGGGUAUUGCGCUAGUUUGGGAAAGCUACAAACUCGAUCAAUACGUGCAGCGUUUGUCGGAUGCUGUUGUAUCAUUCCAAGAAAGGGUGGAAGAUCUUUUGGUUGUGGAAGAACAAUUAGAUGUUGAUGUUCGUUCUCUAGAAACGUGUCCUUAUUCCGCAAAUACGUUUGCCGACAUAUUGUCCAAGAUACAGAAAUCGGUAGAUGAAUUGUCUUUGAAGAAUUAUUCCAACUUGCAUAUCUGGGUAGCAAGACUCGAUGAAGAGGUGGAAAAAAAUUUGGCUGCCAGAUUGGAAGCUGGAAUAAAAGCGUGGACCGACGCUCUGACCGGUCACAAGAAAGAAGUGGAUCUGAGUAUGGACACGGACGCUCCCGUACAACCGACACAUAAGCCUGGCGGCGACCCUAAAAUUCAAAAUCAGAUCCAUGAAGUCCGAAUCACCAAUCAGACUAUGUAUUUGUAUCCUAGUAUCGAAGAUGCGAGGUUCCAAAUAAUGCAACAGUUGUUUGCAUGGCAGGCAAUUGUUACUUCACAAAUUCGUCUCCAAAGCUCGAGGUAUCAAGUCGGGCUGGAUAAACCAGAAUCGGGCACAUAUAGAAAUUUGCUUACGAAAUUACCUAAUGGAAAACAACCGCUGGAGGCGGCGUACGAAGCGGUCGAAUUCAAAAUGAAGGAUGUUGCUGAUUACGUUGAUCAGUGGCUACGCUAUCAAGCUCUUUGGGAUCUACAACCCGGCAAUCUUUAUGGAAAAUUGGGCGAAAAUAUUAAUUUAUGGAUGAAGUGUCUUAAUGAUAUAAAGAAGACGAGAACCACGUUUGAUACGUCUGACACGCGACGUGAAUUCGGACCUGUGAUUAUAGACUUUGCAAAAGUACAGAGUAAAGUAUCUCUAAAAUACGAUUCGUGGCACAAAGAAACUUUAGGCAAAUUUGGAACGCUGCUGGGUAACGAGAUGGCAAGUUUUCACUCUCAAGUGUCGAAAUCUAGGAGCGAUCUAGAGCAGCAGUCUAUCGAGGCAGCUAGCACAUCCGAUGCAGUUGGCUUCAUCACAUAUGUGCAAUCCUUGAAGCGCAAGAUGAAAGCGUGGGAGAAACAAGUGGACAUAUAUCGUGAGGGUCAAAGAAUACUCGAACGUCAAAGAUUUCAAUUCCCAUCUUCUUGGCUGCACGUGGAUAAUAUAGAGGGAGAAUGGGGUGCAUUCAAUGAGAUAAUUAAACGCAAGGAUACCAGCAUUCAAACUCAAGUUGCAUCUCUACAAAUGAAAAUUGUUGCUGAAGAUAAAGCCGUUGAAACAAGAACCACGGAUUUCCUCAGUGACUGGGAGAGAGGCAAACCGGUGGAAGGCCAUUUACGACCGGACGAUGCUUUGCAACAAUUGCAAUUAUUCGAGAGUAAAUUUGCUAGGCUUAAAGAAGAAAGGGAUAAUGUGGCCAAGGCUAAAGAAGCGCUGGAAUUGCAAGAGCCUGGCGGGAUAUCGACUAGCGAAGACAGAAUGCAGGUGGUGUUUGAAGAACUACAGGACUUGAGAGGAGUUUGGUCAGAAUUGUCGAGAAUAUGGGCACAAAUUGAUGAGACGCGUGAGAAACCUUGGCUUUCUGUACAACCGCGAAAGUUGCGUCAGCAAUUGGAUACGAUGAUGGCGCAAUUGAAGGAACUUCCUGCAAGAUUGAGGCAGUACUCGUCAUAUGAAUAUGUUAAGAAGAUGUUACAGAGUUACACGAAAGUGAACAUGUUAAUUGUAGAACUGAAAUCCGAUGCCCUCAAAGAGAGGCAUUGGAAACAAUUGACGAAGCAACUCAGAGUAAAUUGGGUGUUAAGCGAGCUUACCCUUGGUCAAGUCUGGGAUGUGAAUCUUCAAAAGAAUGAGAGUAUAGUUAAAGAUAUUAUUCUCGUUGCUCAGGGCGAAAUGGCGCUCGAGGAGUUUUUGAAGCAAGUGCGCGAGUCGUGGCAAACAUACGAGCUAGACUUGAUAAAUUACCAAAAUAAAUGCAGAUUGAUACGUGGCUGGGACGAUUUGUUUAAUAAGGUAAAAGAACACAUUAAUUCAGUGGCAGCUAUGAAACUAUCGCCAUAUUACAAGGUAUUCGAGGAAGAAGCUUUAACAUGGGAGGAAAAGUUAAAUAGGAUUAAUGCCUUAUUCGACGUAUGGAUAGACGUACAACGACGAUGGGUUUAUCUCGAAGGCAUUUUCUCCGGUAGCGCAGAUAUUAAAACGUUAUUACCAGUAGAAACGUCCCGCUUUCAAAGUAUCAGUUCCGAGUUCUUGGGGCUGAUGAAGAAAGUAUCCAAAUCCCCUAUGGUUACGGAUGUUCUGAACAUUCCUGGCGUUCAAAGAGCGCUUGAACGUCUUGCCGAUCUUCUUGGCAAGAUACAGAAGGCACUAGGGGAAUACUUGGAAAGAGAACGAACUUCUUUCCCACGAUUUUACUUUGUCGGCGACGAGGACUUGUUAGAGAUUAUUGGCAACAGCAAAAAUGUUGCAAGGUUGCAAAAGCAUUUCAAGAAGAUGUUUGCUGGCGUAGCCGCUAUUCUGUUGAACGAGGAUAACACGGUUAUUACCGGUGUUGCUUCACGUGAAGGUGAAGAAGUUAUAUUCCAGAAUCCAGUAUCUACAGUUGACCAUCCCAAAAUCAACGAAUGGUUGACACUUGUGGAGAAGGAAAUGCGCGUAACUCUUGCUUCGAGCCUCGCGAAAGCGGUACAAGAUAUCAAGCAGUUCAAGGACGGAAAUAUAAAUCCGCAAGCAUUUAUGUCGUGGUGCGAUAAUUAUCAAGCUCAGAUAAUAGUUCUAGCUGCACAAAUCUUAUGGUCGGAGGAUGUAGAAGCAGCUCUUCAUGAAGCGCAAGCGGAUCCUAGCAAAAAUUCAUUGGAAAGAGUUUUGGUCCAAGUGGAAGGUACAUUGAAUGUCCUGGCUGAUUCUGUUCUUCAGGAGCAGCCACCUCUAAGGAGAAAGAAGUUAGAACAUUUGAUCAACGAAUUUGUACACAAACGCACCGUUACCAGACGACUAAUCGCUAAUCGAGUUUCAAAUCCAAAGGCCUUUGAGUGGCUAUGCGAAAUGAGAUUCUACUUUGAUCCUAGACAAACGGAGGAACUCCAACAGCUCACGAUACAUAUGGCCAACGCUAAAUUCUUCUAUGGAUUUGAAUAUUUGGGAGUACAAGAUCGGCUGGUACAGACGCCGUUGACCGAUAGAUGCUACUUAACAAUGACACAAGCGUUAGAAGCUCGACUUGGUGGUUCACCGUUUGGGCCAGCUGGUACAGGAAAGACUGAAUCUGUGAAAGCAUUAGGCCACCAACUUGGAAGAUUCGUAUUGGUAUUUAAUUGCGACGAAACAUUCGAUUUUCAGGCUAUGGGUCGUAUAUUUGUUGGUCUCUGUCAAGUUGGUGCAUGGGGUUGUUUCGACGAAUUCAAUCGUUUGGAAGAACGGAUGUUGUCCGCCGUUUCUCAACAAGUGCAGACAAUUCAAGAAGCGCUCAAAAGUCAAAUGGAAGGCAAAAAAGAGGGAACCCUAUGUGUUGAAUUGGUUGGAAAGCAAGUUAAAGUUUCCACCGACAUGGCUAUAUUUAUCACCAUGAAUCCCGGAUACGCCGGACGUUCCAAUUUACCUGACAAUCUGAAGAAGCUUUUCAGAUCGCUUGCUAUGACUACACCUGAUCGACAAUUAAUUGCUGAAGUGAUGCUUUUCAGUCAAGGUUUCCGAUCGGCGGAAAAAUUGGCGUGUAAAAUUGUGCCAUUCUUUAAGCUUUGCGAUGAACAACUUUCUAAUCAAUCCCAUUACGAUUUCGGACUACGUGCACUUAAAUCUGUGCUGAUUUCUGCGGGAAACGUGAAACGCGAUCGUAUUCAAAAAAUCAAGGAAGGCAUGCAAAGUCGUGGUGAAACCAAUAUUGACGAAGCCUCGAUUGCUGAGAAUCUGCCAGAGCAAGAGAUACUCAUUCAAUCCGUUUGCGAGACAAUGGUGCCUAAAUUAGUUGCCGAAGAUAUUCCACUAUUGUUCAGUUUACUCAGCGAUGUGUUCCCCAAUGUAAAUUAUACGCGCGCGGAAAUGAAAGGAUUAAAAGAACAAAUAAGAAAAGUUUGCACCGAAGAAUAUCUAGUAUGCGGCGAAGGAGAUGAACAAGGAGGUGCUUGGCAAGAAAAGGGUUUGAUUGGUGAAACAUGGGUAGAGAAGGUUCUUCAAUUAUAUCAAAUUUGUAACUUAAAUCAUGGAUUAAUGAUGGUCGGGCCGAGUGGAUCUGGUAAAACAACAGCCUGGAAGGUGCUCCUUAAAGCAUUGGAGCGAUUCGAAGGUGUAGAAGGAGUCGCUCAUGUGAUUGAUCCCAAAGCGAUCAGCAAGGAAACAUUAUAUGGUGUGUUAGAUCCAAAUACGCGCGAAUGGACAGAUGGUUUAUUUACGCAUAUAUUGAGGAAGAUAAUCGAUAACGUCAGAGGUGAAAUUAAUAAACGGCAAUGGAUCAUAUUCGACGGGGAUGUCGAUCCGGAAUGGGUCGAGAAUUUGAACUCGGUGUUAGAUGACAACAAGCUUCUUACCUUGCCCAACGGCGAACGUUUGAGCUUACCACCAAACGUAAGAAUUAUGUUUGAAGUGCAAGAUCUUAAAUACGCUACUCUGGCCACUGUGUCACGAUGCGGCAUGGUUUGGUUCUCGGAAGAUGUGCUAUCGACAGAGAUGAUAUUCGAAAAUUACAUGCUACGUCUGCGAAAUAUCCCAUUAGAGGACGGCGAGGAAGAUAAUCUUAGCAAGAAAGCAGAGAAGGAAGACGCUACAUCACCUGCGUUAACAGUGCAAAGAGAGGUCGCCAGCAUCCUGCAGAGUUAUUUUGCACCUGAUGGUUUGGUGGUGAGAUGCUUGGAGUACGCCAGCAGGCAGGAACACAUAAUGGAUUUCACACGCUUGCGAGCUCUCAGCUCUCUAUUUUCCAUGCUAAAUCAAGCCGUGCGCAACGUGCUGCAGUACAACCACUCUCACAUAGAUUUUCCUCUGCCGGGCGAGCAACUAGAACGUUAUAUGCCCAAAUGCUUAGUUUACGCGCUUCUGUGGAGCUUUGCAGGAGAUGCUAAAUUAAAAGUUAGAUCCGACUUGGGUGACUUUAUUAGAUCUAUCACAACUAUACCUUUACCCUCUCAAAAUAAUAUACCUAUUAUAGACUUUGAAGUAAACAUACAUGGUGAAUGGUUACCUUGGAGCAAUAAAGUUCCACAGAUUGAAGUGGAGACUCAUAAGGUAGCCAGCCCAGAUAUUGUUGUGCCAACUUUAGAUACUGUGCGACACGAAAGUUUACUGUACACUUGGUUAGCCGAACAUAAACCUCUAGUGCUCUGUGGACCACCUGGUUCUGGUAAAACCAUGACACUGUUUUCUGCUUUGCGAGCGCUUCCGGACAUGGAAGUUGUCGGACUUAACUUCUCUUCCGCGACGACACCCGAACUGUUACUCAAAACGUUCGAUCAUUACUGCGAGUAUCGUAAGAUGCCUAAUGGCGUUAUACUUUCACCGGUACAACUAGGAAAAUGGCUGGUUUUGUUCUGUGACGAAAUUAAUUUACCUGAUAUGGAUCAUUAUGGGACACAACGUGUGAUUUCUUUCUUGAGGCAACUGGUGGAGCACAAAGGUUUUUACAGAACCAGCGAUCAGGCAUGGGUCACUUUGGAGAGAAUUCAGUUUGUAGGUGCCUGUAAUCCACCCACAGAUCCCGGCAGGAAACCUCUCAGUCACAGGUUCCUGCGACAUGUGCCCGUCAUUUACGUAGAUUACCCUGGAGAAACCUCGCUUAAGCAGAUUUAUGGCACAUUCACGCGUGCUAUGCUCAGAUUGACGCCUAAUUUGAGAGGCUAUGCGGAACCAUUGACAAACGCAAUGGUAGAGUUCUAUCUGGCUUCUCAGGAAAGAUUUACUCAGGAUAUGCAACCGCACUAUGUGUACUCUCCACGCGAGAUGACACGUUGGGUGCGUGGCAUUUGCGAGGCUAUUAGACCGCUUGAUAAUCUCUCUGUGGAAGGCUUGGUGCGUUUAUGGGCCCACGAGGCCCUUCGUCUGUUCCAAGAUAGAUUGGUUGAAGAAUCAGAGAGAGCUUGGACGAACAAAAAUAUAGACGUCGUGGCUCUGAAACACUUCAUGUCAGUCGACAGAGAAAGAGCGUUAGCCAGACCGAUUCUGUACAGCAAUUGGCUGUCGAAAGACUAUGUGCCAGUGAAUAGAGAGGAAUUAAGAGAUUAUGUUCGGGCGAGGUUGAAAGUAUUUUAUGAGGAAGAACUAGAUGUACCAUUGGUGCUCUUCGACGAGGUGCUUGAACAUGUAUUACGAAUUGACAGAAUUUUCCGACAGCCUCAAGGACACUUGUUACUCAUCGGUGUUUCUGGCGCUGGAAAAACUACUUUGUCGAGAUUUGUUGCAUGGAUGAAUGGCUUAUCUAUCUUCCAAAUUAAGGUGCACAAUAAAUACACCGGUGAAGAUUUCGAUGAAGAUUUACGACAAGUGUUGAGACGAUCCGGCUGCAAAGAUGAAAAGAUAGCAUUUAUUCUCGACGAGUCUAAUGUGCUGGAUUCCGGUUUUCUUGAACGCAUGAACACGUUGCUCGCCAACGGGGAGGUGCCCGGAUUGUUUGAGGGUGACGAGUAUACGACACUCAUGACCCAAUGCAAAGAAGGCGCUCAGCGAGAGGGUUUGAUGCUGGAUUCCAACGAGGAAUUGUAUAAAUGGUUCACCGGCCAAGUUAUGAAGAAUCUACACGUCGUGUUCACGAUGAAUCCCAGUACAGACGGCCUGAAGGAUCGCGCAGCGACGUCACCCGCAUUGUUUAAUAGAUGCGUGCUGAAUUGGUUCGGCGACUGGUCAGAUAAUGCAUUAUUCCAGGUCGGCAAAGAGUUCACUAAUCGCGUCGACUUAGAAAGACCUAUGUGGAAAUGUCCGGACUUCUUCCCAUCCGUAUGUUCAUUGAUCCCAUCGCAACCGACACAUAGAGACGCUGUGAUAAACGCGUGCGUCUAUGUUCACCAGACCUUGCACAAAGCAAACACGCGAUUAGCCAAAAGAGGCGCCAGAACAAUGGCGAUUACACCACGUCAUUAUUUAGAUUUUAUCAAUCAUUUCGUCAAGUUGUAUCAAGAAAAGAGAAGCGACUUGGAGGAACAACAAUUGCAUCUAAAUGUUGGUUUGAGUAAAAUUGCCGAAACAGUUGAGCAAGUGGAAGAGAUGCAGAAGAGUUUGGCUGUUAAGUCUCAAGAACUGCAAGCUAAAAAUGAAGCUGCUAAUGCAAAAUUAAGACAAAUGGUUAAGGACCAGCAGGAAGCGGAAAAGAAAAAGGUACAGAGUCAAGAAAUUCAACAACAAUUAGCUAUUCAAACGGUAGCUAUAAAUCAAAAGAGAGACGAUGUUAUGGCGGAUCUUGCUUUGGUGGAACCAGCCGUUAUUGAUGCUCAAAAUGCUGUAAAAGCAAUUAAGCGGCAGCAUCUCGUCGAGAUUCGAUCCAUGGCGAAUCCGCCUGCUAUCGUGAAACUGGCACUCGAGUCUAUAUGCCUGUUGCUAGAGGAAAACGCUAUAGACUGGAAGCAGAUUCGUGCCGUUAUAAUGAAGGACAGCUUUAUUCCCACUGUCGUCAAUUUCAACACGGAAAACAUUUCCGAUGAGGUGAGAGAAAAAAUGAAGAGUCGCUAUCUGAGUAAUCCCGAUUAUAACUUCGAUAAAGUAAAUCGCGCUAGCUUGGCUUGUGGUCCUAUGGUGAAAUGGGCUACAGCGCAGAUCGAGUAUGCUGAUAUGUUGAAGCGAGUCGAACCUCUGCGUGACGAACUUUAUUCUUUAGAGCGGCAAGCAGAAACUAAUAAAUUAAAAGGCGAGGAAGUAAAAAAUUUGAUCGCUCAACUGGAGCAAAGCAUAGCGUCAUACAAAGAGGAAUAUGCUCAACUUAUCUCACAAGCACAGGCUAUUAAAGCUGAUUUGGAAAGCGUGCAAGCUAAGGUGGACAGAUCAAUCGCUUUGUUAAAAUCCUUGGUCAUCGAAAGAGAAAGAUGGGAAGCAACGAGCGAAACGUUUAAGAGUCAAAUGUCCACUAUAAUCGGAGAUGUUCUAUUAUCUUCCGCUUUCUUGGCUUAUGCCGGCUAUUUCGAUCAACAUUAUCGUCAAAAUCUUUUUACCACGUGGUGCCAACACCUACAACACGCAAACUUGCAAUUCAGACCCGAUAUUGCGAGAACAGAAUAUUUGUCCAAUCCGGACGAGCGUUUGAGGUGGCAGGCGAACGCAUUACCUACCGACGAUCUAUGCACCGAGAAUGCGAUCAUGUUGAAGCGUUUUAAUAGAUAUCCAUUAAUUAUCGAUCCAUCUGGUCAGGCGACAGAAUUCAUUAUGAAUGAGUUUAAAGAUCGGAAAAUUACGAAGACUAGUUUCUUGGAUGAUUCAUUCAGGAAAAAUCUAGAGAGUGCUCUACGAUUCGGUAAUCCCCUUCUGGUUCAGGACGUGGAGAAUUAUGAUCCUAUAUUGAAUCCUGUAUUGAACAGAGAAUUGAGGCGAACGGGCGGACGCGUGCUGAUUACGCUCGGUGACCAGGAUAUAGAUCUCUCACCUUCCUUUGUCAUCUUCUUGUCAACAAGAGAUCCGACGGUAGAAUUUCCGCCGGAUAUUUGUUCGCGUGUAACAUUUGUUAACUUCACCGUUACCAGAAGUUCUCUGCAAAGUCAGUGUUUGAAUCAGGUGCUAAAAGCCGAACGUCCAGAUAUUGACGAGAAGAGAUCUGACCUGCUGAAGCUUCAAGGAGAGUUCCACUUGAGACUGCGACAACUUGAGAAGUCUUUAUUGCAGGCGUUAAAUGAUGCCAAGGGCAAGAUUCUUGAUGAUGAUUCUGUGAUCACCACUCUCGAAACUCUGAAACAGGAGGCCGCCGAUAUCAGUAAGAAAGUGGAAGAAACGGACAAGGUCAUAGCGGAAAUCGAAACCGUCUCCCAACAGUAUAUGCCUCUAUCUCAGGCGUGCUCGAACAUGUACUUCACGAUGGAUAGCCUUAACCAAGUACACUUUUUGUAUCAGUAUUCGCUGAAGAUGUUCCUAGACAUCUUUACAUCUGUGUUGUCACAAAAUCCAAAAUUAUCCGGUAUGUCGGAUUACGGUCAACGGCUCACGCAAAUCACGCGUGACUUAUUUGCCGUCUGUUAUGAACGAGUCGCCCGAGGAAUGUUACAUACGGACAGAUUGACAUUUGCUUUGCUGCUCUGUCGCAUCCACUUGAAAGGCAUACCCUCGGAAUCUACCUACGACAGCGAGUUCACAUUCUUUUUGCGCGGUAAGGAAGGCGUGCUGAACAUCCGAGCACCUCCAGUAUCUAAUCUCAGCUCGGAGCAGCAGGAGGCAAUGAUGCGUCUGAGCAUAAGAUUACCCGCUUUCAAGAAACUUCCAGAAAAGAUCCAGGAGAGUUCAGAAUUCAGCGCGUGGCUACAGUCGCCCACACCCGAGACGUGUGUGCCGAAGCUGUGGGAUGAGGAGAAGCCACUGUCGCCUACAGGCACGGCAAUGCAUCAAUUGCUAAUAAUACAGGCUUUCCGACCGGAUCGCGUGAUCGCAGCCGCAUCCCUGGUGGUAGCCUCUGCUUUUAACGAGUCCUUCAUGCCGGCCGCAGAAGCUGAGCUCGAUUUCGCGUCCGUUGUAGAAAACCAAUUGAAAGCGACCGUGCCGGCUUUACUGUGCUCUGUGCCAGGCUUCGACGCUUCGGGCAGAGUGGAUGAUCUAGCCGCGGAAUUGAGCAAGCAGAUAGCCAGCAUUGCUAUCGGAUCGGCGGAAGGAUUCAAUCAAGCUGAUCGGGCUAUAAACAUGGCUGUGAAAGCCGGUAGAUGGGUGCUAUUGAAGAACGUACACCUUGCUCCGCAGUGGUUGGUGCAGCUAGAGAAGAAGCUACACAGUCUUCAGCCACACACUAGCUUCCGACUGUUCUUAACGAUGGAGAUUAAUCCUAAAGUACCGGUGAAUCUAUUGAGAGCUGGUAGGAUUUUCGUGUAUGAGCCGCCUCCUGGUAUACGGGCAAAUUUGUUGCGCACGUUUAGCACUGUGCCCGCUUCGAGAAUGAUGCGAGCGCCCAAUGAGAGGGCCCGUUUAUACUUCUUGCUCGCGUGGUUUCACGCGAUUGUGCAGGAACGUUUGCGUUAUGUACCGUUAGGUUGGGCUAAGCACUAUGAAUUCAAUGAGAGCGAUCUGAGAGUCGCCUGCGACACCUUGGACACAUGGAUCGAAGCCACGGCUAUGGGCAGGACAAACCUACCUCCGGAAAAAGUGCCUUGGGAUGCUCUGGUGACUCUUCUUUCUCAGUGUAUCUACGGUGGCAAGAUUGACAACGAUUUCGAUCAACGUCUUCUGGCUUCUUUCUUGAGCAAACUCUUUACUCCGCGCUCAUUUGAAGCUGACUUCGCCUUGGUUGCCAAUAUUGAUGGCGCGCAAGGUAAUCAAAGACACAUCACGAUGCCAGAUGGUACUAGGCGCGACCACUUUUUGAAAUGGAUCGAAUCUCUUUCGGAUAGACAGACACCUUCUUGGCUUGGCCUGCCGAAUAAUGCAGAGAAAGUGCUUCUGACCACAAGAGGAACCGAUUUAGUCUCCAAACUUCUCAAGAUGCAACAGUUGGAAGAUGAGGAUGAACUAGCGUACUCGAACGAAGAGUCUCUAGACACGCCAAGAGAAGCUGAAGCAGAUGGUCGACCAUCUUGGAUGAGAACUCUACACAAUUCGGCAUCCACUUGGUUACAAUUACUUCCGAAAAAUCUACCGACCUUGAAGAGAACAGUCGAAAAUAUCAAAGAUCCUUUGUAUAGAUAUUUUGAGCGGGAAGUCAAUAGCGGAGCGAAAUUACUUCAAGAUGUUAUCCAUGACUUGGAGGAUGUCGUAUUAAUUUGUCAAGGCGAGAAGAAACAGACUAAUUAUCAUAGAACGAUGCUAUCCGAGUUAGUAAAAGGCAUUCUGCCAGUUGGUUGGAGGCGAUAUACUGUGCCAAGAGGUUGUACAGUCAUACAAUGGAUCACCGAUUUUAGCCAUAGGGUUUCGCAACUGCAAGAAGUUUCACGUUUAGUUUCCCAAGGCGGAGCAAAGGAGAUAAAGAGUUUCCCAGUUUGGCUGGGAGGUUUGUUGAAUCCUGAAGCUUACAUCACUGCAACCAGGCAAUGCAUUGCGCAGGCUAACAGUUGGUCACUCGAAGAAUUGCAGUUGAACGUAACUAUUGGCGAUGGUGAUAACAUCGCUACGGACGAUUGCUCCUUCGCCGUUACCGGUUUAAAAUUGCAAGGUGCACAAUGUAAGGAUAACCAAUUGUAUUUAACUUCGACUAUCAUGACUGAUCUACCGGUUACCAUGCUGAGAUGGGCACGAUCAUCUACGGAAGAUAUCAGAAAGGGCAAGCUAUCCUUACCGGUUUAUUUGAACAGCACACGUACUGAACUGCUAUUUACUGUUGACUUGAAUAUUGCUCCUAGUCAAGAACCGCACAGUUUUUACGAGAGAGGGGUCGCUGUAUUAACAUCUACCGCUUUGAAUUAAUAAUUGCUUAAACAAUUAAAAUUAGAAAAAUUACCAAAAAUUAUAAAGCAGAGUAUUAUCAUGAUAAGAUAAAAACAAUUUAUGACAUAUAUCGCCGCAUGUUAUGUCGUUUGUAAAGAGAGCACAGUGACAUGCAACUCACUACAAACCUAAAGUAUAAAAAUAUUAAGGAAAUAUAUUUUACGCUGAAUUGCUUUCAUAUCUUCAAAAGAUUUUGUGCUCCAAAGAAUUGUACAAUUAGGAAAUGAAUAUUUUCGACGCGUAAUUAAAUGUACAUCAUUCGUUUAUAAAAAAUAACAUUGUCAUGUAAGAGGUUGUAAUAUAUAUAUAGUUUAUUUUAUAUUAUAUUUAAUAUUAUGUUUAGAUUUAAAAAAAACAUGAUUUUCUGUAACAAAGAUUUUAUUAUGUUCGCCUAGAUGUAAGUAUCGAGAUAUUAUAGUGUUUAUAAUCUUAAUGAUAUCUAAUAAAGUCAUACUAUGAAA